AUGUGUCCGGUAACCCUGAGCCGUUUUGGUUCGAAGAACGGUAAGUCGCAUGGCCAGAAUCUGCAAGCUGCCCGAGUGCGCGAAAGCCACGAAAGGGGUGGGAUGUUCAGCAGCCGGCCAUCAGAAACGCGCAGGCGAACAACAGACAUCCCCUGCUGUGGGAUCUUCAUCUUAGCAGUAGGAGUGUUCGCGGGACUUCUGGUUUACGCCGAGCGCGAAGGCAACCCACACUUGAUACUGGGGCUGCGGGACGCUGAUGGCCAGGUCUGCGGUGCAGACUUCGCAGUCAAGAAUCAGCCGUAUCUUUACCUCUGCCCGGAUGCAAGCAACAACUUCUUCAUGAAUGCGGGUCAUUGUGUCGAAGCUUGCCCCGGCCUGGCUUCGGAGAAAACGCCAUGUCCUAAGGGCUACGCCUCCCUCCCAUCUGAAACCAAUAUUUGUUUGCCUGCCGGCCAAUCGGCGGACCUGCUCUCCAAGAUGGAGUCGUCAGAGCUGAGUGGUGCCAUUGCAUUGUCCCACUUGUAUACCAAUCUCUUUCGGGCCUGGCCCCUGCUGCUUAUCGCUGCUCCACUGCUGAGCGCGGCGAUCGGCUUCGCCUACUUGAGGUUUCUCAAAGCAGAGGCCCAGGUGGUAUUCUGGGUUAGCUUCAUUGUCGUGGUCGCUUGCUUGUCCGUGGCGGGUGUCUACUACCUGCAAGAGUACGACAGGAGACGCAACAAUCAGGAUCAUGAGGACGACGAGGCUGCCAACGGCGACCUUAUAUAUGGGAUUGUCGGCACCUCACUGGCCGUGCUUACCAUCCUGGGAGCAUGCUUGAGUCGAGACAGCAUCCGCAUUAGCUUUCCUUACCUGGAAGCGGCUGGAGAGUGUCUGGCGGAUAUGCCACCCCUCAUGAUCCAGCCGAUGGUCGAGACCUUGAAGAAGAUGCUGCUCUUGAGCCUGUUCCUCUUUUCUGCGUCGCGGCUCUUGAGCCUCAGACUUGCGCUGGACAACGAGCCCCAGCUUGGAUUAGUACUGAGUUCCGAAAAGCUGCCAACCUUACCGUUCGAGGUUCCCUGGUACACAUAG